GCAUUCUCAAGUUGUAGUACAGAUACGCGGCUCCAUUUUAGUGAUCGGAGGAACGCUAAUAGGAGUCGCUCAAACUCGCGGUUCUUCUGCCCGUGUAUCGCGUUCUCAGCGUCAUCCAAAACGCUUCUGCUGCUUCCACAUAUGCGUGUUCCCAACGGGUCCAAGUGGAAUCGGUGGCGGUGGCUUCUGCAGCUUCAAGCACCUGGAACCCUCGCGCUGCAUCCGUGGGGACUCUUGGCUGCUUUAUUACGAUCUCCCAGUCGUCUGUUAGACGGCGUGACGGCCUCGCACCACCGCUAUCUGGACCGCGCCGCAGCUGCAGUCACGCAGAACCCAGUGCUGUUCCCCAAUGGGUUUUUCUCCGAUGGAUGGGGCGAUUUAAACACCCCAAGACGGAUUCGAGAGCUGCUGCAGAGUCGACGUAUGAGUGACGUCGUGACGCUAAAAGACGGAGAACCCAAUUGGAACAGCGUCAGGAAGCUAUCGGUAGCCAAAGUGGCGUUGCGCGAGGGAAAGUUUAGGAGUACAUUGGAUAAUGCGCAACAAUUGCUUCCAGAGGAGAGUCAGGAUGCGUUCUGUGAAUUGGUGACGCCGCUGGAGUGGGAACGAGAGGAUCAAGGUAUUCCACAGGGGAGAAAGGACCGACCUCUUGUGGUGCUUCUACCGGGAACGGGAGAGCACGGAUUCUUGCAUCGGCGGACGGCAAUUGCUAUUCCACUGGCGAAGCAAGGAGUGGCCACUUUGAUUCUGGAAGGGCCUUUUUACGGAAAGCGCAAACCACAGCAACAAAAAGGAUCGAAACUGCGCAGGGUAAGUGAUUUGCCGAUUCUUGGCCAAGCAACAAUUGAGGAGGCCAAGUCGUUGCUGGAACACUUCCGUAAUUGCCACGGGUAUUCGCAACUAGUUGUUGCAGGCAGCAGUAUGGGCGGGUUACAUGCUGCUAUGGUCGCAUCCGUGUUUCCCGGAGAUGUUGGAGCAACGGCCUGGUUGGCACCACCUUCUGCUGUCCCUGUCUUCGCAGACGGGCUACUCUCUGGAUCCUGCAACUGGCGAUCGCUUUACAAACAACACGAACUACAGAUGCUGGAUAAAAUGCUAACCGGACACGCAGUAGUUGAAACUUAUGAAAAGCUGGUCGAUGCUGUAGCCGACGCCGAGAAAGAGCAUUCUGAACUGGAGCUUGAUCCAGUCCAAGAAGCCAAGAAACGCAUGAGGCUCUUCCUCUCGAUCACAGACAUCGACAAUUUUCUGCCUCCACGACGAUCGGAUGCUGUUGUCUUCGUGUAUGGGACUGAAGACGAGUAUAUUGGCUUCACUGAACCUCAGUGGCAGCGUAUGCGUGAGCAGUGGAGACCAGCACAUUUCAGAACCAUCAAGACGGGCCACGUCAGCGGGAUUUUGCUGGAGCAAGAAGCCUAUCGCAAGACGAUAUUGGAGGUUGUGGAUCUUUUGAAGGAGCGAAAAGCAGCAGUGGAUUCCUCGUCUAAAACUGCUGUUGCCUCUGCGUGAAAUGAUUUUCGAAGACGUCUUGUACACCCAACUCAACACCAUAAUAUUUGCAGGACUUCUGCACCUCAGCUGCUGUGGCCGAAUGAGAGGUCAAGUACUAGCUAUCAACUCUAGCUAGGUUAAGGCUUGUAACACACGUCGUUAAACCCACUUUCCUUGCGGUUGGCAGCCCCAGGUUGCGAUGGACUCGUGUGUUGUAUGACAACUUGUAUCAGUUCAGUAGGCAGUACGACCCGGCGACUCUCGAAUGCGUUGAAAGUUGCAAGAAGUUGCAUUAACUGGGAUGCGUCAGACACAGAAAGGAAUAGAAAAGUUGCAUACCAACAAACUUCGUAGCUGUAGCCGGCUUGCUUCUUGGUUUGUCCCUAAUCCCGAACGUAUUAACUGUAAAGUUGGUCAGAAUUUUUUUUUCUU